UGGCUUAACUGUGAACUGGGCUGUGUGCAACUUGCAUCAUUUUGGGAAGACAUUUCUGUUGCAGUGGUACAUUUCUCGCCGUGUAUGCAUCAGUCGGGUCUCGCAGGUCUGUCAGGCCUGUGCCGAGUCACCGACCACCUGUAUCUCAGUAAUGGCAGAGCAGCCAGUGACUCCUCUCAGCUGACUCGGUGCAACAUAACCUGCAUCAUCAACGUUACUGAGACCAAGAGCCGCAGCCGUCCUCCUCCUCCCGGGGUAGAGUACAUCCACAUCCCGCUGUCUGACUCCCCGGUGUCCCCUCUCUGUGAGCACUUUGACGAGGUGGCGGAUAAAGUAGAGCUCACUGCAGAGCGCGGAGGCCGCACACUGGUGCACUGCAAUGCAGGUGUGAGCCGCUCCGCCGCCCUGUGCAUGGCCUACCUGAUGAAGCACCGCGGGGUGACUCUCCUGGAGGCCCACGGGUGGGUUAGGAACAGUCGACCCGUGGUGAGGCCGAAUAAUGGCUUCUGGAAGCAGCUCAUCCGGUAUGAAAUGGAGCUUCGUGGAUGCACAUCUGUCCGAAUGGUGUCGUCCUUCAUGGGAGAGGUGCCAGACAUUUAUGAAGAGGAGAGCAGGAACAUGAUGCCACUGUGAAGAGGCCCCUGCACUGCUCUGUGGGGGCAAUACUGAGCAAUGGAUAAAUGUAUGGACAAUAAUAUAUUCUAUUCUGUGUUGCAUUUCUACAGUGAAAAAAUGCUGUUUAGUCAUGUAAAGAAACAUCAAAGCAUAGUGUGCUCCAGAAUGAGUUAUAACACUGCUACAUUACAUUUAUCUGGCAGCUAUAGUUACAAGUUGUAGAUCAAGACUCCCAUGAUUUUCAGCUUGUGGCCCCUUACAUACAAGCUGCUGGUCACAUUUCUGAGUUUAGGUUGAAACAACCAUCUACAGUGUCCAAUAAUCCACUGUAUGACUAGACUAAGAGGUGCCAGGUUUCAGGAGCAAGUUAAACAAUAUGUUGCCUUCUUCAUGUAAAAUUCUGCUUCAUAUACUUUUCCACCCUGACCAGGAUACAAUUCUCUGAUAUAACAAUAAAUACUUCCCUCUGAGCAUGUUUAAAGAUAUUGAACAUUGUGCAAAAUAUUGUCAACCAGCAGCUUCAGUUCAAAAGAGUCAGUAUCAGGAAAUGUGUGGAUAAUUGCACAUGUAAUGACAGUGAGAGGUAGGCUGACUGAAUGUGGAAAACCUGAGACAUACUGUUAAAAUUGUGCUUAUUUUUCUUAUGACAUCUCAGGCUGUUCAUCUGUUUUGUAAGAACAUCUACAGAAUGUACUUGCAGUUCUUUACACAAAAAAAGGAAAAUAUCGGAGCUGACGGUACUUACAGGUUAAAGUGCGACGAUUUUAUUGGUCCAGCCCAUCUGAGAUUAAAUUGGGAUGUAUGGGACCCUUUUAAGGUGUCUGACCCCCAGGUGUGGAGCCACUUGACUCAUCCGACUGUUUUCAGAGUAGAUAAACUAGAGCUGUUGCAUCAAUAUAAACUAUUAACUAUAAUAUAAAUAUGUAUUAUAAUAUGUAAUGAUCAGCUAUGUUGCCAUUUUUCUGCAUAACAAAUGCUUUUACUUUAAAUUUUGUUGAUAAUACUGUGUAGGGUUUUUGUUGUAUUGAUAUUUUUACUUAAAGGAAUACUUCACCCACAAAAUAACCAUUUAUAAAACACACUAUCAUGCUGUGUUGCCUUGAAUUUGUUAAGAAAACUUUUGUUUUUCCGGCAUGCCUCCACAGAGCACAUUUUAACAUAUUCAUUCCAUGUGAACAACAGAGAGACUGUAUCAAAACAUCCAUCGCACAAUUCUUGCAGUAUAAUCUAGGGCUGCACCGGACUCAGAAUCAUUGUUUUGGUUUUCAACACAUAUUCAUCGUCUUGUGCCUUAAUUCCAUUUAGUUUGAGAGUUUGAACAGGGUUCAGCGGGACAUUGAGGGUGAUGGCAAUGAUCAUGUAAAAUGGUAAACAAGCCCCCUGAGCUUAUGCAUGCUUAUUACAUUACCACAGAUCAGGAAUGCCAGAGACUUCAUAUUGCAGUCUGGCUUUAAAGAAAGCAUAAAUAAGUUUGGGAAGUACUGAGCAUAUAGCUGGAUAAAUGAGACUUGGAUUAUACUGCAGAAGUUCUGUGAGAGAUUGCAUGGAUGUUAAUCGGCUCCCAAUCAAUCAGUAUGUUUGCCAUUUUCUGUAGAGGCAUGUGUGAAAAACAGUGUCUUCUUCAUUAAUUUAAAGUAACACAGCAUGAUUAAUCAACCCACAUGUGAUAAUUUUUUUGGGUAAAGUAUUCCUUUAAUGACCUGAGUUCUUCUUUUACCACCAACUAUAUGACUGGCCCUGAAUCACUAAACAAGCUGUGACAGUGAAGGCAGUCAAGGAAUCCGACUCAUUUGAGGCUAGAAAGUACAAAAAGCUUUUAUUUUAGAAUCAAUACUCAUCUCAGUCGGUUCAGCAGACACAUAUUUGUGCAAAGCCUGAAGGACAGCAGGAUGUUUUCAUGGACAGCCAUUCCUAAUAAGCUGAAAUAAAUAGCUACGUAGUCAUUUAGCUACAUAUUUAGUAAACAUCUUGAAAACAUGCUAAUGUCAUGCUAACUGUCACACUGUAUGAAAAAGUGACUUGUGGUGUUUGAUUUUCCAGAGCAAAUUAUAUUUUUAAAAAAAUGCUGUUUGCAGAUUUAACAAUAAAAAUAUAUAUUUUGGGACAUGA